AUGACUUUGCGCGUCUUUGCCCUCUUCGGUCUCUUGGCCGGCGCCUCGGCCGUGACCACCACCCUCCCCAAGUCGUCUGGAACUGCAUCCUACCCGACCGCCAUCCCCGUGAGCGGCUCCUACGAUGGAGGCAUGAAGCGCUUUGAACGCAGCCCCUCUGUUUGCCAAGGACAGUCAGAGACAGGCGAGAAGGAUGCCAUGUUCAUCUUAGAGAGCGGAGCGACUCUCUCCAAUGUCAUCAUCGGCGCCAGCCAAGCUGAGGGUGUUCACUGCAAAGGCACUUGCACCCUCAACAACGUCUGGUGGGCCGACGUCUGCGAAGACGCCGCGACCUUCAAGCAGAGCUCAGGAACCUCGUACGUCAACGGCGGCGGCGCCUUCAAGGCCGCCGACAAGAUCUUCCAGUUCAACGGCUUCGGCACCGUCCAGGUCAAGGGCUUCUACGCCAACGACUACGGCAAGCUCUCGCGCAGCUGCGGCAACUGCUCCAACAACGGCAAGGCGCGCAACAUCGUCAUCCAGGACUCGGUCGCCGUCGACGGCGGCGUGCUGUGCGGCAUCAACACCAACUACGGCGACACGUGCAAGAUCGUCAACUCGUGCCAGGACAACAACAAGUCGUGCGACCGGUACACGGGGAACGCGAGCGGCGCCGAGCCCUCCAAGAUCGGGUCCGGGCCCGACGGGACCUACUGCACGACCUCUGGGUUUACUACGAGCUGUUAA